AUGAGGCAAUAUCCUAAUAACAAGUCACUUUCCUCUCCAUCGCCACCACCAUCAUCACUGGGCUCUUCUCCUUUUCUUGUCCUGUUAGUUGUUAUAACUUUAGUUGUCAUAUCAGUAUUCAUUUUUACACUGGGUCCUGAGACCUCUUCUUGGUCUAAUUCCUUGCCUUCUCCAUUGACAUGGAGAGUUGGUUUAUAUGGUAAUUCCAAUGCUUUUGCUUCUUUUGCACAAUCUGAACAUCCUGCUGUAAGUUACAAUACUAUCACUUUCGACGCCUCCAUUCCAGAAGAUCAAGCCACAUUGAGGCUUGGAGAAUCUGAUGCUGAAGCUGCUGUCGCCAGAGAAGCUGUUAAGAGAUACAGCAAGUUAGAGAAAAUGGAAGCAAAUCUGGCUAAAAUCAGGUCUUCAAUAAGAGAAGCUGCUCGAGUUCGGAACUUAACAUCAAUCCAUGAGGAUCCAGACUAUGUGCCGCAAGGUCCAAUAUAUAGGAAUGCGAAUGCAUUUCAUCGGAGUUAUUUGGAGAUGGAGAAGCUGUUCAAAAUAUACAUAUACAAAGAAGGUGAUCCUCCCAUGUUUCAUGACGGUCCAUGCAGGAGUAUAUAUUCUUCAGAGGGGAGAUUCAUUCAUGAAUUGGAGAAGGGCAAAUUAUAUACAACUACGGACCCUGAUGAGGCUCUUGUAUAUUUCCUGCCAUUUAGUGUGGUCAUGUUGGUUCAGUACCUCUUUGUGCCCGACUCCCAUCAGAUUGAUGCCAUUGGGAAUACUGUUAUAGACUACAUCAAUGUCAUUGCUGAUAAGCAUCCCUUCUGGAAUCGAAGUCUUGGUGCAGAUCAUUUCAUGCUCUCCUGCCAUGAUUGGGGGCCGCGUACUUCUUCUUACGUACCCCAUUUGUUUCACAACUCCAUCAGAGUUUUAUGCAAUGCAAAUACUUCUGAAGGGUUCAACCCUUCAAAGGAUGCUUCAUUCCCAGAAAUCCAUCUAAGAACAGGAGAAAUUACAGGACUUAUCGGUGGUCUCUCUCCAUCUCGGCGAUCAAUUCUUGCAUUCUUUGCUGGCCGCCUUCAUGGGCACAUCAGGCAUCUACUUGUUGAGCAAUGGAAAGAUAAAGACCAAGAUGUGCAAGUCUAUGACCAACUUCCAAAUGGUAUGUCAUAUGACUCCAUGUUAAAAAACAGCAGGUUUUGCCUAUGCCCUAGUGGGUAUGAAGUGGCCAGCCCAAGGGUUGUGGAAGCUAUAUAUGCAGAAUGUGUUCCUGUGUUGAUUUCAGAUAGUUAUGUACCACCAUUCAGCGAUGUGCUUAAUUGGAAGGCAAUUUCUGUUCAAGUGGAAGUGAAAGACAUACCAAAAAUUAAAGACAUAUUAAUGGGGAUAUCUCAAAGACAAUACUUGAGAAUGCAAAGGAGAGUGAAGCAGGUGCAAAGGCAUUUUGUUGUCCAUGGACCUCCUAAGAGAUUUGAUGUGUUUCACAUGACCAUCCACUCUAUUUGGCUUCGGAGGUUGAACAUUCGCAUUCAGGAUUAG